UCCUUUUUCCUCAAGGCUACUUUCCAAGAGAGGACAAGGAGCCUUUCCCAAAAACCAGAAUUAUGACAGAAAAAGAAAGAGUAAGAAAACCCAAAUCUCAGGUGGAGGUCUGCGGCUAUCCCCUCAGCAUUUUCUUCAUCGUCGUCAAUGAGUUCUGUGAAAGAUUCUCCUACUAUGGCAUGCGAGCGGUGCUUGUCUUGUACUUCAGGUACUUCCUUAAAUGGGAUGAUGACACAGCGACCUCCAUCUACCACACUUUUGUGGCCCUGUGCUACCUGACCCCAAUACUUGGAGCCAUUAUUGCUGACUCAUGGCUUGGGAAGUUCAAGACUAUCAUCUACUUGUCCAUUGUCUACACCAUUGGACAGGGUGUGAUGGCAGUCAGUGCUGUACACGACAUCACAGACUCUGACCGCGAUGGAAGUCCAAACAACCUCACUUUACACAUUGCUCUCUCUAUGGUUGGCCUUCUUCUCAUCGCGCUGGGCACUGGGGGGAUCAAGCCUUGUGUGGCGGCCUUUGGGGGAGACCAGUUUGAAGAUCACCAGGAGAAACAAAGAAGCACAUUUUUCUCCAUCUUCUAUUUGUCUAUUAAUGCAGGGAGUCUCCUGUCCACACUCAUCACCCCCAUUCUGAGAGGCCAGGAAUGUGGCAUCCACAGCAAACAGAAAUGCUAUGCACUGGCCUUUGGUGUUCCUGCAGCACUGAUGGUUGUAGCCCUGAUUGUUUUCAUCGUGGGAAGUGGCAUGUACACAAAGACAGCCCCUGAGGGGAACAUCAUGCUGAAGGUCUGCAGAUGCAUUGGGUUUGCACUGAAGAACAGGUGGAGGCACAGAAGCAGUCAGUACUCAAAUAGAAACCACUGGAUGGACUGGGCUGAAGAUAAGUACGAUAAACGUCUUAUAGCUCAGAUCAAGAUGGUUCUGAAGGUCCUUUUCCUGUACAUUCCCCUGCCUAUGUUCUGGGCACUCUUUGAUCAGCAGGGAUCACGAUGGACAUUACAAGCCACCACUAUGGAUGGGACCUUUGGAGGUAUUGUCAUUCAGCCAGAUCAAAUGCAGACAGUUAAUCCAAUCUUGAUCCUCGUAAUGGUGCCAGUUGUGGAUGGAAUUGUUUACCCACUGGUAAAAAAGUGUCACCUGAAUUUUACGCCACUGAGAAGAAUGACAGUUGGAAUGCUUCUGGCAGCCUCUGCUUUCGUUGUGGCGGCUGUGGUCCAAAUCCAGAUUGACAAAACACUUCCAAAUUUCCCUCCAUCAGAUAAAACUCAAAUGAAAGUCAUUAACUUGGCCAACAGUACUGUGAAUGUGACUGUCUUACCUGAAGCAUUGAACUGGGUGGCACCUGAUUUUCAAGCCACUGAUUAUAAAGAAUUCACAACUGAUAAAGUGAAACAGGUUGCUGUUAUCUAUGGCAAUUAUGAAAAAACUGUGCAACUGCCCUUUAAGAGUGGAGCUCGUCAGACAUUUUUAGUUACAAAUACUACAGAAAUACACCUGGAAGACAGUUUGAUUGAUGACAUUAACAAAAAGCCAGAAGAAGGUAAUAAUGCCAUAAGGUUUGUGAAUGCCAUGCAGCAGGAUGUGAAUAUUUCAGCAGGGAAUGCAAACUUUGGUGUCAUUAUACCUUUCACACAGUCAAAUUACAGUCUACUGCCACAAGGAAACACCACCUUCACUAUUAGAGGUCAGAGCAUUAAGUGUGUAACCUCUCGAAUUUUGGGAUUUGGAAGCUCUUAUACAAUUGUCCUUAAACGAAUGUGCAACACUGACGAGGGCAAGAUACCGGAGGAUGGCCUAGUGUAUAUCGAGGACAUCAAACCCAAUACUGUCCAUAUGGCCUGGCAGAUUCCUCAGUACUUCCUGAUGACAUCUGGAGAGGUUGUGUUCUCUGUUACUGGGCUGGAGUUCUCAUACUCACAGGCUCCAAGCAACAUGAAAUCAGUCCUACAGGCAGGCUGGCUAUUCACUGUAGCUGUUGGUAACAUCAUAGUGCUGAUUGUGGCUGAAGCUGGCCAGCUCCCUGAUCAGUGGGCUGAGUACAUACUCUUUGCUGCCCUCCUUGUGGCUGUCAGCAUCGCGUUUGCCAUCAUGGCCUACUUCUACACCUACGUGGACCCCUCAGAGAUUGAGGCUGAGUUCGACAAGGAAGAGGAGAAAAGGGGUGAAUUUCAGAUGAACAAAACUCCCAUCGCUGAAAUGACAAGCGACGACUAUAAACAAAGCAAGAUGUAAUCCUGGAAAAGCUUUUGUUCACUGAAAAAAGUUUGAUUUUGUAUGUACUUUUAAAUGACUGCAUUGAAUUCCAGGUGGGACAUACGGUAUUGAAUAACUUUAAUAAAGUUAAUACCUAAUUCUAAAUAUUAAGUUAAACCCCUAACUGGAAGGGCUGUUAUUGAUUUUAGCACUUUUUGAUGAUGCAAUGGAACAGGCUUCCCUCGAUGUUCAUGUAUAGGCUGUGUCAUUGCAUGGUAGACAUGGAAAAUUUAUAGGGAUCCCCUAUUCACAUACAUAAAAGUAUACUCCCUAUGGUGGUUCAGCUUUACCAAGUAGAUUAACAAGGCGGAAAGAUGUUAAAUUCCUGAUACUUUGCAAAUAAACAUUUUUAAGACUCAAAGAAUGACAAAAAUAAAACCAACAAGCAUCUAACAAAAUGCCUUUUGAUCACAGAAAUCACACUGACACUGAAACAUGUGAAAAUGUUUACAACAAGGUGAUAAGGUAUUAUGAUGUGUGACAACUUUUACAUUUAAUCUUGACUAUAGAAAGUCUUGUCUACUCUAUUUAACUUACUUGACUACUCUAUAGUCAAAGUCUUGACUAUAGGAACUUAAUUAUUUUAAGUUAUAUCUGUAAUUUGUUGCCUUUUUUUCUGGAAGUAAUUGUAUACAGAUUUUAUUAUGUUUUUUUUAAUUCUAUGAGGGAAACGUAAAGGCUGGGGAGGGCAAAAAAAUAAAAAGACCAUUCAGAGAAUGUUUUAUGUCAAAA